UUUAAAACAAUCCUCAUAAAUAUUUUUCAAUUUAUUUGGGGUGUGUACGACUUGUUUCAGUAUUAUUUAUUUUAAAAAACCGGAGAUAAACGGAAUUAAAAUGGCGGACAAUGUUGAUGGAGUCCCGAUCCGUCAUGAGAAAGGAAAUUUCUGGAAGCAGAUUUUAAAUGAAGUUGCAGCUCAAGCCACUCGUAGACUUCCAACAAACAAAAGGUUAUUAGUUGUUGGUGACAGCUAUUCUGGAAAGACAAGUUUGAUUUCCAAACUUCGAACACCUGGCGAUGAUAAUUAUAAAAAAGGAGCGGGAUUAAAAUAUACAUACUUAGACGUACAUGACGAAGAACGUGAUGAGCACACACGAUUAAAUGUUUGGAUUCAAGAUGGCUCUUCACAUUUUAAUAAUUUAUUAAAAUUUGUAUUUACAAGUGAAUCAGUAAAGGACUUAAUGAUAGCCAUAUGUGUAGAUAUGUGCAAACCUUGGAGAAUUAUUGAUAGUUUAGAAAAAUGGAAUCGUAUAUUACAUGAACAUUUGCAUUCUUUGCACUUACCAGCUAAAGAACUUAAUGCAAUGGAAGCUAAACUUUCAAAUGACUUCCAAGCAUAUAGAGAUGUUGAAAUUGAUAAGGAUAAAAUUAAAAAAAAUUCUUCAGAAUCAGACGAAUUAAACACACCUCUAGGAGAUAAGGUUUUAACAAGUAAUUUAGGCAUACCCAUUAUUGUGAUUGUAACAAAGAGUGAUUAUAUGACAACCCUGGAAAAAGAUUAUAGAGAUGAACAUUUUGACUUCAUACAAAAAUAUAUUCGAGAAUUUUGUCUAAAAUGUGGUGCUGCAUUACUUUACACAUCCUCAAAAGAGUCAUGCAACAUAUCUACUUUGUAUAAAUACAUACUUCAUAGGCUUUAUGGAUUCCCGCUUCGUGUACCUCCACAAAUAAUAGAUAAAGAUGCUAUAUUUAUACCAAUGGGUUGGGAUAACAUAAAUAAAAUUUCAAUUCUUAAUGAACACAUUAAAACAUUUAAUUCAAAUGAUUCUUUCAAAGAUCAUAUUAAGAAGCCACCAUCUCGAAAGAUUAUGACUCAGGAUAAAGAAAUAAUAGCUGAAGAUGAACAGUCGUUUUUAGAAGCUCAACUGGUUGCUUUAAACAAUGCUAUUCCGGCGGCAUCGACAGCAGUAUCCCAACGACCUCAAAUACCUGCGGACCCUCGCAACCCUCGUAUUCCGACUUCACUUUCUCCUGGUCAGCAUAAAGGUCCAAGGCCUGGAAUGCCAAACACUAAAACUAAGAUAGAUCCAACUAAAGGAGCAUCUGCUCCGAACUCAUCGGAAACAGUCCUUGCGAACUUUUUUAACAGUUUAUUAAACAAAAACACAACAGGAAAAACACUUAAAUCUGCUAAUCCAGCAUUGGGAACUAGUAGAAGCGAUGUUCAAGCAGAACUUGAAAGAAUGUCAAAAUCAACGGCAGUCGAAAAAGAGAGUGAUGCGUAGUAAAGUUUAUGUUUUGUUAUGAAUUAAUUGCUGUUUGGUCUAAAAAACAGCACAACGAGCUGUUCGGAUUUAAAAUGCUUUACUUAAUAUGACUGGCUUGUAGAAUAAUAAAUUUGUAGAAUUAUAAGAAGAAUCGAUACAAUGAAGGUCA